AUGAUUCAUUGGGGAACAGGAACACAAAAAGAUUCUCAGAACAUUAGAGUAAGUAAGUCUUGGCAAUCAUACGUUGACACUAACCUCUUAGGUGCUGGCCUCAAGCAAGCCACCAUUAUCGGUGCUGCUGGUGGUUCAUGGGCUGCCUCUGCCGGUUUCAAGCUCGCUCCAGAAGAAGAAAAGGCUCUCAUUGCCAACUUUGCCAACCCAGCCAACGCCUCUGCUACUGGUAUCCUCGCCAACAAGGUCAAGUACUUGACUCUCAAGGCCGACCCACGUUCCAUCUAUGGUAAGCAAGGUGCUGGCGGUAUCGUCUGUGUCAAGACUGUCCAAGCCAUCAUUGUUGGUGUCUACGAUCAAACCCUUCAACCAGGUGCUGCUGCCACCGUCGUUGAAAAGUUGGCUGAUUACCUCAUCGACUCUGGUUUCUAA